UGACGAGUUUUCGCAGAAAUUGAAUGACAUUUCAGAAGCUAUUGAGCUACAAAUUCAGACUGCAACCGAAUCUGAAAAUUUGCUUUUGGAAAGAGCAAAUUUAGUUGAAACAGCUCAUAGUUUGUUUGACACAUUGCAGAAGGCUACAAUUUCCGAGAAACCCACAGAAGACAUAAUUAAACUAAGCACAUGUAUUAUUCAAUUGAGCGCUCUGGAGCCAAAGCUGAAAAAUAUAGCACAACAUGAAAAGCCAAACGAGGUUGAAGCACACAACAUAUCCAAAACAUUAAUGUACCAAUCAUAUAACGAGUACAACAAUCAGCUCGAUCAAAUUUUCAUCAAUUGUGAAGAUCGCGACAUGUUGAAACUUUGGAAGCAAUAUUUGAUGUUUGUUGAACCUUUUAUUUUGGGAGACUUACCAAGCGAUUAUGAUGAACUUCUCAGAACGGAAAACAUUUUGAUCAUGGUGUGUCAUUUAUUGGAUGACUUGAAAAGGAGUUUACAAAAGCAAACCCAAAUUGAACCAUCCCUGGCAGAACUAUACAAUGCCUUAAAUGAACAACACAGCAACAAUUUAGAACGCAUACAAAAGAAGUUAAGCGCUACCAGAGAGUGUUUACUCCAAUGGGAGAAAUAUAAAGCAGCAAAAUCUCAUCUUGAUCGGCUACUUUUGGAUAUCGAAAACACUAGAAACACAUUGAAAUUAGAAUACAUCAAUUUGAGAAAAAUAUGUAUGUUGAUAAACAAAAUUUCCCACCUUAGCUCAAAGUUUUCUGAAAUAGAAACAUCUCAAAGAGAUUUGAGAAGGGAAAUGAAACAGUUAAUAUCACGAUGCAAUGGAGAGAACGUUAUCUGUCAAUUGGAAUCUGAUGAAAAUAGUGCUUCAAAAAAAAUUAUCAAACUCGGCGAAAGUAUUGAUAAUUGGUAUAAAUUUCUUACAGCAGUAUCCGAGUUGAACAUUCGAUUUGAACAGCGCUUUGAAGAAAUAUUCCAAAGCUUAGUUGAACUCGAUGAAUCUUUGAAAUGCAUAACAGAUGAAAAUAUGUCCGUAUCACAACACCAUUUGAAUAUGUUGAAAAAUGAACAACUUCGCUUGGAUAGCAUACAGGUAUCAUUAUUUGGUGUUUUGAAAGAUAGGAAUGAGUUGAAAAAUUGUAUAAGUUCCUUUGAUGCACGUCUAAUAGAAAAAAGAAUGAAAAAUCUUGUUGAUUUUUAUGACAAAAUGAAAUAUACAAUAACAACCUUACUCAACAAGCUCGACACACGAAUGCAAAAUCAGAAAAUGUUUGUUCAAUGUUGUUCAGCAAAUAUAGCUUGGAUAGAUGAUUUCGAAAAACGUAUCAACAAUUCGAGUAGGUUGCAAAGUUGUGAGGAUAAUGCUGGAUUUAUAAAAACUAUGGAAGAAAUGAUUGAACAGCAAAUAUCAUUCAGAGAAUGUGAAAUAAUUUGGCUGAAACAUGUAGGAGAAGAAUUAUUGUCUGGUAUGGACGAGAGUGCUGAAAACAACGAGAUAGCUGCUCAGCUAGCUCUUUUAAAUUACAAAUGGAGUAAUUUGAUGAGACUCUGCAAAGAACGUUCCCAAAAAGUUAGUGAAAUAAACAUGACGAUAAUUUCCCUACAACAAAGAAUAAGUCAAAUAAAACUUUGGAUAGAACAGAUCGAAGCCCAGCUCAAGGAACCAUUUGUCAUCAACAAUAUGGAGAAAACUAACUUGGAUUGUUUACUCGAUGAUUACGAAAAGCUGCAAAGAUCAAUUGAACAAAAUAGUUGUAAUAUUGCCGAGGUUUUGAACCUACAUGAAAUUCUAUUUACUGAUGUAGAAUCAUGGAACGUGUACAUUAACAGAAAACACAUACAUCACGAUAUGAAUGAUAUAGAACAAAGAUGGAAGAAUAUUUGUUUGGAAACUAGUAAACGAAAACAAAACUUGCUUUCACUGUGGAACAUGUUAUUAGAAGUACAUAAAAUCACAGAUUCAUAUCACAGUUGGGUAAAGCAAACUGAUGAAUAUUUGUGUGGUCUAGAAACCAAUAGUUCAAAUAUUCAUAUUGAACAGACUAUCGAAAUCCUUGAUUAUCUCGAUUCUCAAAUCAGACAAAUAGACAGUCUGGAGUCUGUACAACAAACGUUCAGGAAAAUAUAUAUCGAGCUUUUCAGAAACGAGUGCAUUGACAGGAAAAACAUUGUCGCAUUACUUAUGAUUCCUAAAACUACAUUGAUAACAUGGGAAUCAUUAUACUCUAGAGCAAUGAAAAUAAAAACAGAUUUGGAAAGUUUACGAAAUACGUAUAUGGCAUUCAUAACGGAAUAUGAAAACAUUAUUUUGGCCUUAACAGAUAUCGAUGUGCAAGUAACAAAUAUGAAGCAUCUAAAAAAUCAAAAUGAAGAGACUUCAGAGAAGAAGUUGAAACGUUUGCAACAGCUUCAUAAUGAAUUUUAUUCCAUCCUUGAUAUGUUUGAAAAACAAGAUGUACGAGGUUCAAACUUGUUACAAAUGAUUUCCAAUGAAAAUGUUGAAUCAUACAGUGUGCAACAAAAGAUGGAAGAAUACCAUCAGUUUGCCAACAGCAUUAAAUCUAAUUUAGAUGUGCUAUUAGAGGAAGCAUCGCAGUGUUGUUCUGCUACAGAAAUCAAUGAAAAAGAUUUCGGUGCUCAAGUGAAUACGCUACCAGCUUUGUGCAUCACCGCUAAGGACGCCUAUUACUAUCAGCUUGAGACAGCUCUCACCGAAGCUCGCGAUCACCUAAGUCAUUUGCAACGAUAUGUGGAAGAAAUCAACUCCAAUAAUUUUAUGACUUCUGUACACCAGAUAUCGAAAGCAUCAGCAGGUUGUGAAUCUACUAUCGAACUGGUGAAACAUCUCCAUGGCCUUUUGAAAUCCGAGCAUAAGGUGUCUGAUGAAGAUCCCAUCUGCAAAGAUGUUGAAGUUGCAUGCGAACAAUACCGUAAACUUGUUUUAGAGUGGCAAACAAAGCAGCAAAAACUGGAAGAACUAAGGUCUUUUCCUGCUGCUUACAUUUUCAAAUGCAUUCACAACGACGAUUACCUUACGUGUCCGUUGUGCACAAAACGGAACUGGCAACAAAUUGACAUUGAUUUGUGGCGUCUCGAGCAAUGGAUUCUUAUGGCUGAAGCAUCACAAAAAUCUCAACCCUCAAGCCCGCCUACGGAUAUUGAUUCGCUCGAAGAUGCCAUCCAGGAUCACCGGGAGUUUUUACUUGAUCUUGAUAGUCACAAGAGUAUAAUUAAAUCUCUCAACAUUGUCGGAGAGCAUUUAGCAAUCCAUACAAGGGAUACCGAGAAAGCUCUGAAGUUGAGAAACCGUUUACAAGAAGAUACACAACGAUGGGAUAAGGUGUGCCAACAGGCCUCCGUGUGGCAAUCACAACUGAGCCAGUCACUGAUGGAAAAUAAAGAAUUCCACCGAACAGUGACAGAACUGUGCCUUUGGCUGGAGAAUACAGAGCAAAAAAUCAAAAAGUCUGAAUCGAUAGAUUUAACCUCCGAUAAAACAAUUAUAGAGAAGAAAUAUAAAAUCUUUUGGGAACUUCGUGCUGAUCUAAUGCGAUGUGAACCGCGAAUUGUCAGUUUACACGAAACUACUUCACAACUUACUAAAUGCUUGGAAACAAAUAAAUUACAGAAAUUUGAUGAAAUUUAUGCAAAGUUGACUGAUUUGAGAAUGAGAUUUCAAUCUAUGAGAAAGUUGGUUGAAAUGUACACCAUCAAAAUAAGAACCGCUAUUGAUGCAGGGUUGGAUUUAGAUGGAGUAGUAGAUGAACAAGAAUGUUUGCAGGAUGAUAGCGGAUCUCACAUACAAGUAUCAGCACACGAGUAUAAUGCAAAUGCCCCCGGAAGUCCAGAAGACGACAACAUCAAUACAACUGUGCUAACCAGAAGUUACCGACUAUUGGGUCGUGUCCUGCGUGCUUCCUUACCAAUCCAAGCAAUGCUGUUGCUGCUUCUUGGUGUUGCCACCUUCAUACCCCACGGUGAAGAUUAUUCAUGUUCGUUAACCAAUAACUUCGCUAGGAGUCUAGAGCCAAUGUUGCGUUACCCAAAUGGACCUCCUCCGAUUUAAAAUGUACCUAUUAUUUAAUAGUAACUAAGUCAUUGUACUAUAACGCGAAUGCAAAAACUUAGAAUUGUGAUGAGUUGAUUACUUUCAAAACAACUAUUAUUAUUGUUACGGUUAACGUUAAGUUUUUUUUAUUUGUUGUAGUUGUUUUUCAAUUUUCCUUUGUGUAAUCUUAUGCAAGCAUUUAAAAUUCGAAUAAAAUAUACAUCUGAAUUAAUUAAAAAA